AUGGCUAAGAGGAGGGCUGCAGGUAGCUGCUGCUGCUGCCCCAGAGCGCCCAUGAAAGAGGACAAUGCUCGUUUUUGCCUGCUGGCCGGACUCAUCCUGCUCUACUUAUUGUGCGGAGCUGCCAUCUUCUCAGCCUUGGAACACCCGUUUGAGCUCCGCGCACGCCUUCUGUGGAAACAGCAGCUGGACAACUUCACCAGGAGAUACAGGGUCAACCUGGGCGCCCUGCACACUCUGUUGAGGCAGUAUGAGGAGGCAAACGGAGCUGGCAUCAGGGUGGACACUUUAAGGCCACGCUGGGACUUUUCUGGAGCUUUCUACUUUGUGGGCACAGUGGUCUCCACUAUUGGUUUUGGCAUGACCACACCGGCAACCAUAGCAGGAAAAAUAUUCCUAAUCUUCUACGGUCUCAUUGGCUGUGCUGCCACCAUCCUCUUUUUUAACCUCUUCCUGGAGAGGAUCAUCACCAUGUUAGCUUACAUCAUGCGCUGGUGUCAUGAGCGUCGGCUGAGGUGUGCUGGAGUCGGGGUGGUAUCGAGCAGGGAGGAGUCAUCUGGUGAAGAGGACAGUCUGGAAGGAUGGAAGCCAUCCGUCUAUUACGUGAUGCUGAUCUUAGGGAUAGCAUCUGUUGUGAUUGCUUGCAGUGCCUCCACUCUGUACAGCUCCAUGGAGAACUGGAGCUACGUGGACUCUCUGUACUUUUGCUUCGUGGCCUUCAGCACCAUUGGCUUCGGGGACCUGGUGAGCAGCCAGAGGCAGCAGUACGAAUCUCAGGAGGCCUACCGGUUUGGAAACUGCCUUUUCAUCUUAAUGGGAGUUUGUUGCAUCUACUCACUUUUCAACGUCAUUUCUAUCGUCAUCAAGCAGACUCUCAACUGGAUCCUGGGAAAGCUGGUCUGCUCAGGGAAGCAUCAGCUCUGUUCCUGCUCCACCCCUGGCUGCUGGCCAAAACGCAUCAAACGCAACGCGGUGCAGCCCAUCUCAUCCCACCACCGCUACACAGAUGGCUCGGUUGAGACUGUGUGCGACAGCGAGACGGAUGCGGGCGCGGUGGCUGAAGUACAAGUGGGGCGUCGUUUGUCAGGGGAGAUGAUCUCUGUCAAUGAGUUCAUGGCGUCCAACAAGGUGUCUCUGGCACUGCUGCAGAAACAGCUGAGUGAAACAGCUCACCAGGGCCCACGGCAGAGCUACAGCCAUCAGAAUGGUUUCUCUGGUGGUGUGGGAGCACUGGGGAUUAUGAAUAAUCGCUUACAGGAAACCAGUGUGGAUAGAUAG